ACUGCAGCAGCACGAUUCUUAAAACAAGCUGCCAGAACGCACGUCACAAUGGAAGUCAGAACAGUUACGUUGACGUUCUAAAUCCAUUUGAAGCACAAUAGUACGGAGUGCAGUGGCAUGUGAGUGUGAAUAAACCAUCACUUAAAACUACACCUCUAUCCAUGGCCCUGGUAUUUUAACGCGUUAUGAACGUCCCAGAUGCAUACUUUUGUUCUUGGAAUAAAACGUAUCUGAUUUUUUAAAUCUGCAUGACAGUAAAGGGCAGUUGGGGACGCAGUGUGGUCGCAGACUUUGCCCUAGAGCGGCAGUGUAAAGAGAGUUAUUCGAACACGUCCCGUUAUACGCAUCAGUUUAAGGUGGACUAUAGACACUCAUGCCGCUCAUUAGUUCGCGAGCUUUUUCCACCCUUUCGCACUGACGACUCCAUCCGCACAGGACAGCACUGAAGAAAACAUCGGUCUGAAGACUAAAGGUUGAAGAUGGAGACGUUUAAUCACAGAGUUAACACUUAUAUUGACUCUUGGAUGGGACCCAGGGAUCCUCGGGUUAGAGGAUGGCUUCUACUGGACAACUACAUCCCCACUUUUGCCUUCACUGUCAUGUACCUUCUGAUUGUGUGGAUGGGACCAAAAUACAUGAAGAAUAGACAGCCAUACUCCUGCAGAGCACUGCUAGUGCCGUAUAACCUCGGCCUGACGCUUCUCUCCUUCUACAUGUUUUAUGAGCUGGUAAUGUCAGUGUAUCAAGGCGGAUACAACUUCUUCUGCCAGAACACCCACAGUGGAGGAGAGGCUGACAACAGGAUGAUAAACGUACUUUGGUGGUAUUACUUCUCCAAACUCAUUGAGUUUAUGGACACUUUCUUCUUCAUUCUGAGGAAGAACAACCACCAGAUCAGCUUCCUGCACGUCUACCAUCACGCCACCAUGCUCAACAUCUGGUGGUUCGUCAUGAACUGGGUGCCGUGUGGCCACUCCUAUUUUGGCGCCACGUUUAACAGCUUCAUCCAUGUCCUGAUGUACUCGUAUUACGGCCUCUCUGCUGUCCCAGCCAUGAGACCGUAUCUGUGGUGGAAAAAGUAUAUCACUCAAGGGCAGCUGGUCCAGUUUGUCCUGACCAUGUUCCAGACAUCUUGUGCUGUGGUUUGGCCAUGUGGUUUCCCAAUGGGCUGGCUGUAUUUCCAAAUCACUUAUAUGAUCACUCUUAUCUUACUCUUCUCAAACUUCUACAUAAAGACCUAUAAGAGCUGCAUGGGAUCUCGGAAAACCGAUCACUCGAACGGAUCAAUAAACGGUCACACUAAUGGAGUGACAUCCAAUGAGAAGGUUAAAUACAGGAAACCGCGCACAGAUUGACAACAGUUCAUCCACUUACAGUCCUGUUAUUGUUAUCAGCGCAGUAGAGGAGCUUCAUGCAUGUCUAUCUAGUUACCACGCUACAGCCAUUUCACCUUUAAGAGACUCCUCACAUUUUUGCACACUGCAACCUCACGUUAUUCAUAUUGAAUCCAAAACUUAGGAAGUAGGGUCCAAGUUAGAGUAUUUGAUGUUUUUCAUAUAUUUUUUUCUUGAAGAACAAAGAUGGCUAACAUUAAUACUGUACUAAUUUGCACUGGUGUUUUCACCAAGCUUGUUUGUAGACAUAGAGAAGAUUUGUAUUAGAGGAAUUUGACAAGUAUACAGGAGUAUGUCACACUUAUGAGCUCAAUUAAACAGUAGUAGCGUAUACAAUGCUUCUUUAUAGCACAGGCAGAUAAUCUUACAAGACAGUACGUAACAGUCAUAACAAGACCUUGAGAAAAAUGGAAGACAAUUAGUUUUAUGGACUAAUCGAGCGAGUUUAGUUAAUUCAUGUAUGUUUACAGAAUAAAAUGGACUGUUUAUUUUAUAUUAACAAGGAUUUAGCACAAUUUGUUGUAGUGCUGUA